GCAAUGUAUUGCAUCUGAUAUCACUGCCUUACAUUAGUCCUGAUAUCAGCUGAUUCAACAGUGUUAGUUGAAUGUGUUGAGGGAGUACAUCGCAAAAACGGGUUUCCCCGCUUUUUUCGACGAGAUGCGCUUUCUCGUCGUUCGCAUCCACGGACACAUGUCGGGAACGAUUCAAAACGCGAAUUAAAUAGUGCACCCAAAAGUAUAUGGGUUAUCAUUUCUAAUUAAUUAUAUAUUAUGGAUAACGCGCGCUCUCCGAUGGAUAACCUGCUCAACAUGCUGUCAGGUUUCAGUGCGGGUCAUGAAAAAGGUCUGAAGCAGGGAAUCUAUAAUGCCGCCGCGCUCUUCAUGUUGUUCCUGGCCUUGGCAGCAGGAUACGGCCUCUACAUUAUAUUGAGCCCCUUCCUCAAGCCUUUAAUCUGGGCUCUACUAUGUGGCUCUGUCUUGUUCCCAUUCAAAUACUCAUUAGCCACAACGGUGCAGUCAUGGUUCACCAAAGUGGAAACAUCGCACACUCCUUUGAUUGUUAACAUAAGUCUGUUGCCUGUGCACAUAUUUGAUAAUGUCUCUGAACGCUUGGGUUCCUUCCUCUGGGCAAAUGUCAAAUAUAUCAUUGGGAUGUUGCUACUGCUGUUGAUGGUUUUAGGCAUAUAUCAUUAUAUCCCUACUGUAAUGACAUGCCUGGAUUGCAAGAUAUUUUGUGCGUUUGCAGCUGUCUCAGAGUUCUUCAUUAUGACGUGCAAUAUUUAUACGGUCUCCACAAUAUUCAUCGGGCACCUGAUGAUUCUAUACAUCUACUGGACACCUACAAACUCUGUUCGAUUUUGCUAUACGUCUUUCGUGAUAUGGCUCAUUAUUAGCAUGUACUUAUCGAGCGGAGCCGGCACUUACCGAGUCUACGUGUUCACUGUCUUGCAAAUCUUGUGCGUUAUAGGAUUCGUGUACGAGGUAUUGUCGAUCAUGGAGAAUCAAGUGUUGGACAACAAUAGACAUUUGACGUUCUCGGAGGCCGUACGCUUAGCUCUGAUAAAUAAUCCAACGGCUAGUUCGCAAGAAGACGAGAAAGUAGCCAAAUUGAAGAGCGAAAAGCACGCGAACGAUAUUCCAGAGGAAGAGAGCACGAGCACCGCUCCUUCUGGAGAGGAGACGAAGAGACUAGAGCCCGUCGAUGUCACAAGAAAAGAGAGCUUUACUCCUACUAUGACGAAACUCGGCUUGAAGUCGAUGUCUUUAGAUACGGACGCUACUGGCUUGUCGUCCACCAGUAGGCUAGCUCGUAAACUUUGGCCCGGAUACAACGUAUAUUUCGCGUCACCGCGCGACCGUUAUUUGCUGAGCAAGCUGAAGACUGAGUUCCGGACGUCGAUGGACAUACAGGACAACAAGGUCGACACCGACAAGUACAUGUAUGCGGCGGUAUACGCGUGUAUCGGUAUGCUCCUCUGGAAACACUUGUGGAUCACGCACAUCUUAGUGAUCCCGGUGGCCUACUACAUCGUCAAACAGCUAGGCGGUUACUUCGGCUUUUGGGACACGAUAUACAGGCACUACAACGCGAUGGCAGGAGCGGUCAAAGCGUGGUGUCUGGAACGUCAUCAGGCGCUUUUACCCUCCAACAUCAGAGGCCUCUAUAAGAUGCUCGUCAUUGUGGACGAGAAAGUUAGGGAUACCUUGAAGGGUUCCGUCGACGCGGUGGCGACCAUCGCCGUGAUACUCGGGCUUAUCAUCUUCACCACUUGCGCGUCUAUUUUCAUCACUAUACAGGUCUAUGCAGAAGGUUUACACCUGGUUGAGGUGUCGGGAGAGAUUCUCAACUCCUUCAUGAACAAAUCCGACAUAGACUGGGUGCCGGAGAAGUGGGAAGAAUCCGUCAACAGCGUCCUGGACAAUGCUUACACCUACGGACGAACUGCCAUAUCGGACGGUAUUCGACGUCUCAUGAAUGAUUUGGAGCCAGCAAAAGCCGAGCAGAUAGAAAAGAAGGUCUUGGAGCUCUGGGACCGUCUCUACCAAGCGUGGAUGAUGUCGAACGAGACCGACAAUAUCAUUGGUCCUACCGUGGAUAUCACAUCCGCGUAUAACGCUUGGGAAAGCCUGAAGGAUAGCAUCGGGAAGACACCCUUGCAGAUGUUCAACAUGACCAGUAUACAAAAUUUCGUCAAGGAGAAUAUCGGUAUCUUAAUGUCGGUGCUCGAUUCCGUUUGGAGUAUCGUCAGAGGUAACAUGUCUAUUAUACUGACGAUUUUCACAGAGCUGUUUUACGUCGUGCUCAUGAGCGGAUCGGCGGUCCUUAAUUUCGUACUCAGCACGGUUGUGUUCUUUACGACUCUGUUCUAUUUACUCAGCUCCAGCGAUAAGACUUACAAGCCCAUCGAAUUGACGACGACGUACAGCCCGAUUAGUUGUCACAGCACGCCGCACGUAGAAGGGUUUGCCGUAGCGCUGCAAGAGGCGGUGAUCGAGGUAUUCGCGGCUACCUUCAAGCUUGCUUCUUUUUUUGGCAUGUGGACAUGGUUCAUACACAACUUGUUCCAAGUGAAGAUUGUCUACUUGCCGUCGGCCUUUGCGACUAUGCUGGGCGCGGUGCCCUUCUUGGACGCAUACUUCGCCUGCAUCCCGACCACCGUAGAACUGUGGUUCACCCGUGGCUCAAUGAUCGCCAUCCUCUUCUUCCUCUUCCAUUUUCUACCGUGCAACAUCGUGGUGACGGAAUUCUACAAGGAAAUUAAAGGUGGCGGGCAUCCUUAUUUAACGGGCCUGUCGAUAGCAGGCGGGAUCUUCUGUUUAGGCGUGGAAGGAGCGAUAUUCGGUCCUCUAUUACUCUGUUGUAUCAUGGUGGCUAUUAACAUGAGUCGACGUUACCUGCACUCGCCAUCGUCCGCCAUGGAAAAUAGGACGGUGUACCUCGAGACGCCAUGAUGCGAGUCCAAAUAACGUUACGCUUAUUCGCUCUAAUAAGACUAAUACUUCAACUAUACAAUAUCGCGAGCUACUGGCAUAGCUCUGGCUUUCUCGUUGUAUAACGAUAAACGCUAUAUUGAGCGCGCAUACACAUUUAAGGCUAGUUGUUCCAACUUCUUGUUAAGUUAACUGAUAGUUAAAUUUUAUAUUUAUCUUUGUUUUUCCUUUAAUUUAGACAAAAACAGAAACAUAUGAUAUAACUAUACCAUAGUUAACUUACCAAGAUAUUGGAACAACCGGCUUUUAGACACAUAUAGACACGUACGAUGCGGAUACAACUUGCGCUUUGUAUAUUCUAUGUGAUGAGAUGCGUGCAAUGUGAUUGCUAUUUGUACCUAAGGAGGAAUCUCAGCCUUAUGUUUAUUAUUAUUAAACUUAAAAAAAUACACACACGCGCGCGCAUAUUUGAAGUAAUAUAUUUCUUUAUUUAUUAUAAGCAUUUUCUUUCUUGGAUGAAAUAUUCAAGUUUCUUCUGUCAACGAAUCUCAGAUCAAGUCACGAACUUUUCUACGAAGUCUCAUGAUUUUCGUAAUUCUCAUACAUUUUUUUUAUGUAUUUUUAUGUAUGCCCCAUUACCAAUUAUUAUAUAGAAUAGUAUUUUUUAUAUGUUGCGUUUCUCGGUGACGAUACGCAUGUUUUGUUGCAAUAUGUAUGUAUCGUUUCAAUUCAUGUAAUAAUUGUACUAGUUGCCAGCUAUUAAUUAUUUACUAGUUGUAUUUGGUUGUGUGUGUAUGUGUAAGAAAACAAAUGUCGAUAUAUCGACACAACGUUAACUUCACAGAUCUAACAUGUUAUUUUUUACGUCAAAGAAAGGUGUAUAUACCAGCCAAAGAUUGUAGUAAUAAAUUUUCUCAACGUUA